AUAGCCGCUGCUCCCCCUACAGCCCAACCCCUCCGGGUCCGGUGACCUAGAUAAGUGGGACUUGGACUUCGCCUAGAUGUUGAGAGACACUUCCCGGUUCUUCAUCCCUCCCCGACCACGUCGUCAUUGCGCCCCGACCUGUCCCCAGAACCUGGUGCCCAGGGGGACCUCUGUCAAAUAGCUUCCUUCCGAAUCUCUCGCCCCUGCCGCCCCCAUCCUCCCACCCCCCACUCUUGGAAAGGGGCAAAGGGAACACUGGGGAAGACCCUCCAGUACAGUCCACAAACCAUGGCUGUGGCCCUGGGGCACCCCCCCCCCACACACACACACUGCUCGUUGGUCCAUCUUCCUCAUCCCCUGCCUCUGCCCCCAUUUCAUCUUGUCUCCUCGCCUCUGUCCCCGAGGUCUCUGUUCUCUUCCAGACUCUUUUCUGGCUUUCUCCUCCCCUUGACCCCUAACCCCCAUCGCACACCAUGGGGACAAGGGGGUGUGUCGCUGCUUUCUAUUUAUGGUCUCUCUGGAGAGGGGAUGCAGUGCUAGGACUUUUUUUGGCAUCAGAGUCACGAGGUGUCAUGUCUGUGUCUGAUAUCCGUGCCUGCUGCCACUCCCCUCUCCCAUCCCCUUCUGCCCUGCAUCUCCCGGUCUGCCUUUGUCUCCUUCCUGCCUCCCUUCCUGUCCUUCCCACUCUGUUCUUCGGGCGCUUUGUGUAGCUGCCUUCUCUUUGUCUCCGCCUCUCCGCUCUCUGCUCCCUCUGCUCCCUCUCCUCCCUCUUCCAGCUCCGAAAAGCUGUCGACCUCAAGGGCAUCAAUAUUUCAGACAAUUUUAUCCAAGACAUAGACACACCCAUUGGAAGUACUCUCCCCCAUCUUGAAAGCAAAGGAGGGAGCUCCAACAGAGCCCACUUCCAAACAAUCAUCUAGGCCUAGAAUGGAGCCAGAUCUUCCUGUGGAAAAGGAGGGAACAAACUUCAGCAGAAGGAAGAGAAAGGGUAAUGAAGCUGAAGCCCAUUGUGAUACAGCCAGCUCAGAGGUCCUUAGGCCUGAAAAAGAGGCCCAGCCAGAUGCCGGGCCAUACUCAAAAACCUCGAGACAGGAGGCCAAGGCCAAGCCUAGGUCCAGAUAGGGGCCUGAGGCCAAGGCCCAGCCAUCGGACUUCCUGGGGGCCACAGAACAGGAACUUGAGGAGGUGCUGGCCAUCCGGUAUGGCCUCGACUACCUUCCCAGCCACUGGGACAGCUGGCUCUGGGACCCCAAUCGCAUCGUGGUACUGGCCCAGCAAAACGGAGGAAUCGCGCUGGCGUCGGUGCACGUGAUCGACGCGGGAGAGACGGCGCCGGUGGAGGGGCUGCGCGGGGCGCCUUGGGAGCGCGGCAGGGGCGUGGUCAAGCGACAGAACUCGGGGGUCAAGGUGGCACGGCCCACCCGGAACGACCAGCUGGGCCCCCGGGAGCUCAAGAAAUGCGGCCUAAUCACCAAACAGCAUCCUCUGGGUCUGAUUCAAGGCCUGUUGUGCUACUGGCGCGGCUGGGCGUGUGCAGCUGGUGGUGCUGCGGGCCUCCGUCACCUUCUCACAACUGCCCACCUGCCCACUGAGGCCGUGCGGGAGGCUGGUGGCGACGUGGCACGCCAACUACUGUCGCCUUCCGUGCAGCGCGACGUCAUCCGGGACUGGCAGCCUCACCGGCCACGUAAGAGCAGCCUGCACCUGCUGGCGGCCAAGGGCCUGGGUAGGCGCGUGGACAGCUGUACGCGCCUGCGCUUACUUCCGCUGUGCACGCGCCCCCGCCGGGUCCUGCGCGGUGCUGAGGGCACGUGGCGCUGCCUCAACAUCGACGCCUUCCGCAGCGCUGGUGCGCAGGUGCAGAGCCAGCUUUUGUGGCACCUGCCGGGCCAGGCCCCGCGCCUCGCCCAUCUCAAUGUCGUGCGCCAGCUUUUCCUGGCGUCCCAGUUAUGGUCGCAGCUGGCUGACUUCUGCCAGGCCGGCUUGGGGCUCGAGUGUCAGUACCUGCUGGAGGCUGACAUCUAGGGCCUCUCUUCCGGGAAGGGAGAGGAGCAUUUAGAUCCUCCCCUUUCCGCUGAUCUUCAGAAAGCCCCGCCCCCUGUGUUUGCAAGCUCCGCCCCACCCCCUACACUCCGCGGUCGGCUCGGUAGCCUACCUACCCUUACCCAAGCGCCCUCCCCGACUUUUAGCCUUACCUCUCAGUCUGCCAUCUUGCCUCUAGUGCGCCCAAACUCUGUUGUCCACACCUGGAUCCGAUCCUCCGGGUUUGGGGGAGGCCCUUGCUCUGCUAUCGUCCGCCCUUUCCCCAAAGAAUGGGUCCCUUCACAGGCUUCAGUGCCUUUCCUUGUCCGUCGCUCUGGCCUGGCGGAGAUCUCUGCCCUUCCUGGCUUCUCCCUUCUGCCUUCUCCUGGGUGGAAGCGGGUAGAGGGAUGUGCAACGUCCAGCUGCCCAACACAUAAUACUUUCCUUCCUCCCGUCCUUUCUCCAGCUCGCGCUCCCCUCCUUGCCUCCCUCUAAGCCUCUUGUGCCUCUACGUCAGUGUCCCCUCCCUGCUUCUCUCUGUGCCCCUAUCCUCCUAUUCCCCGGAACUCCCAGACACUUAGCUCCUCAUUGCCCAUUUGUCUGCUCCUCCAUUCCUCUUCCCCAUGACCUCUUCAUCACCUGACCUGUGUGCAGUACGGGGAGUAAGCCUGUAAAUGAAAUAGAAUUAUAAUACCCUGUUGACCCUCUGGUGAUGCAUCUUUCUGGUGAUGCAUCCUUCCAAGUCUGCCCCCUCUGACGGAUUUCCUCCAAAUUUGCACAACGUUGCUGUUUCACAGGCUCCCUUCCCGUGCCCCCAGCCAGUGGCUCGAACCAGGACACGAAACAGGGGGUUUGGGCUGGGGAGGGUAGGUUCCUCAGCCCAGUAUGGGGCUGUCUUCUGCUUCUCACCAGGCUUCCUUCUAGUGCCACUGGAACCCCCACCUCCAGAUAUUUCUGAACAUCCUUCCCUUCCUCUGGUUCCUUUAUGGGUUUUUUGGGGGUUUUUUUUGGACUUUGACAGUUUUCUAUUUCAAUGCAAGUAGUAACAGCUGCAAUUGCACAGACUGUCUUCUACACUGGAUCCUCACAUAUAUCCCCGAGGGAGAAAACAGAGGCUUGGAAAGAUCAAAGUGACUUCCAAGUCAUUCAGAGUAGCUGGGAGCCUGGCAGGGACUAGAGUUCUAGUGUGUCCCAAGCUCAGAGCAUGCCUCAGAACCUCACUCGGUGUGGCGGUGAUUGCUUGAACUUCUAGCUGGACGGUGGAUAGUUGCUGGGGAUUUGUUGACAGUAAGUACAGGGGUCGCUGGGGAUGGAAUCAAAGACGUGGGCUGAGGAGGGCACCAGGAGGUGAAAGAAGGUGGGCGCAGAGGACAGCCGCUGCUCCAUCACUUCCCCCAGUUCCGGUGUUGCUGUUGUGCUGCACUGCCUUGCUUGUCUGUCUGCCUUCAGCGCCCUGCCACGCUGCCACCUUCCCUGUCACUUCAACCGUGGCUGUCUUACAAUAAAAAGGACCCUUAGCCCA